AUGCCAAUAACAUCACCAUCAAGACGCACCACGGCCAACGACGCUGACGGACUACUAUUAAAUUCAAUCCUGAGCUCAAACGGCUCUGCUAAACUCAAUGCCAGUACGGGCUCAUCAAGGCAGCAUGGAGAGACAGAUGCUGACAUCAAGCUCAAAACUGGUCUCCAAUUGAUCCAAGAAGCAUACGAGUACCGUGCUACUCACUUGUCCUCAGAGCUUGCUCAAUGGAAGGCUGCUGCUUCUAAUCAACGACAACAAAUCCAUGCAUUAGAAGCAGAAGUAUCCGCAAAGGAUCGGAUAAUCGCAGACCUAGAACGCAAAAAUGAUGAAUUGCAACGUAGUCUAGCUCAACAAGUGUCUGAAAAGAAGGCUCUUGCUCUGGCAAAGAAUACCAUACAGGAUCGGUAUCAGGCGCUGAAGAGAUCUGCUAGUCAGUUGGAGUCAUUCAGAAAGUCAAUCGUGUCCAUGGUCGAAUACGGUCCAGUCUUGACUGUGGAUGGACUAGACCGCUCUUUCACUGAAGCUGGCAUCGAAGAAAACGAGGUGCUGCAACACCAAAAGUCAUAUUCUCCUGCUGGAUCACAGAUAGAUGCAGAUCAUGUAUCAUUCUUACAGGAUCAGACAAUGAGAUCUUUUGAUUUGAGCGCCGAGUAUAGUGACAAACCACCAAAAUCAGCAACUACAACUCCACGAUCGAAUAAUUUAAAUACCAACAGCAGCGGCAAUAAGGCUAGAUCGUCUCCAACACCGCAGUUACCACCACCUUCUAUACUGAAAUCGUAUACCACCUCAAAACUACCGCCCAGGAUACCAGUGGAUUGGCGUGAAGUAGGAGAUACGCCUGGCAAGCAGUAUACACCUGGGAAGAGAUCUGAAAAGUUACAGAAAUCAACUCCCGAUCGCGUCGCAACACCAGAAACAUUCACAAAACCACCAUCAACCAGCACACCAAACAAUGACGACGACGAUGACAACAACAACAAUGCAAUGCCCCAUCAUACUCCCUCAUCUCUAACAAAACCAUCAACAUCAAAACAUACAACCACACCAUCCAAACCACCACACUCAACCCUCUCAUCACCACCAUCAGGGCCCUCAUAUAUCGACGCACCAACACUAUACAAACACAUCCGAGACGCACUACUGCCAUCGGAAUUUGAAGAGUUUGCGUCUAACGUCGCAUCGUUUAACUCAUCGCAGAUAAGUGCUGAUGAGGCGGUCAAGAAUAUUGGGAGGAUUGUGCGUGACCGCACUCUGUUUGCUCAGAUGAGGACUCUUAUAUAUACUGCGUUGGCUGAGAGUGAUAAGAGUGGGUUGACGAAUAAUGAAUGA